AUGAGUGAGGUCCAGCCGGAUGAUUCGGUGAGCCAAGCAGGGCAAGGCUCCGCCAUAACUACCAGUAGUUUAUCCAAGGUGAAAGCUAUGGCAAAGAAGGCAGCACUUUUGGCUGAAAUGGAGGCUCUUAGACUUCGACAAGAGUUGGAACUUGAAGAGCUUAAGCUUAAGCAAAGGAAAGAUGACUUGGAAAUACAGACAAGGCUUAAAUUGAUGGAGGCUGAAGGACGAGUUUACAGUCAGUUCGAGAAUGGCUCUAAGAUUUAUAGCAGUCAUGUGAUAGCCUUCAAGACUCAGUCUGCUGAAUCGGACAAAUGUAAAGCCACCCAGGCUAAGAGUGAUGUCGCCAAGGAUGUUGGCGGAGAUGAAAGCACGUUGCCUUAUAAGCUUGAACAGUCUCCUAAGAUGAUGGAUGAUCCUGUUGGGAUGACAGCUUCUACGCCCAAGGAGACAUCUCCAUCAAAGAGUCAGCUUGACAUGGAUAUAUUAAGACAUUUGCAGAUGGGUCAAUCAAGCCAGCAGCAGCUUCUAGCAUCUAUCAACUCACCCAAUGCUGAAUUGAUGAAGUUUGAUGGUGAUCCGCUGAAGUAUUAUGAGUUUGUACAGUCAUUCGACUGUAUGAUAGGCGAUACCUUGUUGUCGAGCAGCGGUAAGCUAAUGAGGCUGUACAGUUGUUGCGAGGGCGCAGCAAGGAAGGUUAUACAGUGCUGUAUGGUGAUGGUACCAGACCAAGGUUAUGUCCGGGCUAGAGAACUUCUGGACGAGAGGUUUGGAGAUAGUUUUAAGAUAGGAGAAGCCUGGCUGAGGCGAGUGACAGAAGGCCCAAUAAUUAUAAGUAACUGUAAGCAGUUGAGAGAGUUCGCUGAUGAAUUGCAGUCGUGCACUCAGACACUAAGAGUUCUAGGUAUUAUUCAAGAGAUAAGUUCUCAGAGAGAGCUGCUGAAGGUAAUCGAGAGGCUACCCUAUGCCUUGAGGACUAGGUGUGUAAGAGAAGUGAAACAUAUCAGAGACUUAGGAAGACCACCAAACAUUUAUGAUGUUGUUGCAUAUGUUAAGAAUGCUGCUGAUGAGAUGAGUGAUCCUGUCUAUGGAACAUUGCUUCAAGGAUCGAAGGAAGGUCGUAACUUCAAAGCCAAAGAAAAGACUUCUUCAUCCUUUCAUCGCCAGCAAGCUCCAAAGUCCAACUUCUCAACUUCUCUCAGCUCAUCAAAGUGUAUGAUCUGUGGUGAUAAUCAUGGAUUGUUCAGCUGCCCACAGUUUAAGACAAUGAAUCCUGAACAACGAUUUCAAUAUGCUCGAGACCAGAGGUUGUGUUUCAACUGUCUUCAGCCAGGCCACAUGUCAUCCAAGUGCUCAUUGAACCGGACCUGUUCUGUCAAGGGCUGUAAGAUGAAGCACACCAAGUUCCUUCAUACUGGGAAGCAGCUCGUAUCUAGUGAAGGAAGGUCUAGAGAAAGCAAUAAUUCUUCCAAGAAGACAGAGAAAGAUAGUUUUCAUUCAGCAACUCAAACAGAAGACUGUGUGCCUGGUGAAUCUUUGUCAUCACAUACAAGCAGUGAAGUCAGAGGGGCCGGAGGGUUUCGAGUGGCUCUUCCUAUUGUGCCUGUCAAGGUACGAGCUACAGAUGGAGACGUAAUCGUAGAGACAUUUGCACUCCUGGACUCUGGCUCGACCACUUCCUUUUGUCUCAAGGAGUUACAAGAGGUGCUUCAAGCUAAAGGCAGAAGUAAGAUUCUAUCUGUAUCAACCCUACAGAACAGAAACAGCCAGAUGAGAUGUGAUGCAGUGAAUCUGAAAGUCAUGGGAUAUGCUUCGGACACAGAGUUAGACGUGAGGGUAUUUACUCGUCCUGAUUUGAACAUUAGCAUCUCUAAUAUGGCGUAA